AUGUCGUCCGGCUCACACGUGCGAGGGGACCCGUGGCUGAUCCAGGUCCUCACACCUGUCGCAGUACUAGUUACUGCAGUCGUCGGUGUCCGCUUCUCCCUGCGGAUUUCCAGGCGGACAGGCUUCUGGCUCGACGAUUGGUUCAUCCUUGCCUCACUGGUUUUCGUUUGGGGCAUGUAUGCUAUAUCCGUCCUUGGUGUGGAAAUAGGAGGAAACGGGACGCCUUUUAGGGUCAAUAUGGCUACUGACCCAUCAAUGGCCUGGAUGGGGCACCUUCUCAAGCUCCUCUUUGCCAGCCAGAUGGUCUACGCGAGCGCCAUUAUGACAGCCAAACUUAGCAUCCUCGCGCUGUACUGGCGGCUAUUUCCAACUGCCUUCAUGAAGCGCGGCUGUGUUAUCCUCGCCGUGUUGACUGUCAUGUGGUGGGGGGCAUACGUGCUGGUCGACAUCUUCCAGUGCAAGCCUGUCGGCAUGGCCUUUGACUCCUCUCUCCAUAGCGGCGACUAUUGCAUCUCCCAGACCGGCUACUGCCUCGGCAUGAUCAUUCCCAACAUCCUGAUGGAUGUCAUGAUCCUCUGCCUACCGACCUUCGAGGUCUCCAAGCUGCAACUGCCUCGCGGCCAGAGAUGCGCCCUAGCCAGCGUGUUCCUCCUCGGCGCUGGCGUCACCUCCGCCGGCGGCGUGAGGAUGUACUACCACCUACAGCUGGUGGAGUCGGGGUACAGGGACUUUGACUUUACCAUGAAAUCGGCUGUUAACGAUACCCCCGAGAGGGGGAAGAUGGUAGUGGACCUAUACAAUCCGCAGCUGUGGAUGACUCUCGAGCCCGAUAUGGCCGUCAUCUGCGCGUGCCUGCCCGUCAUGCGGCCGCUGGUGACGAUGCUCCUGGCAUCGCCGCUCUACCGUUAUAUCACCUCGUACCUCAGUUUCGGCUCCAGUACCAGCAGGAGUGGCAAGCACCCCUCGUCGAACACGAUAAGCGGGUCGUCGGUGGCACGGAGCAGCGCGGCGCAGCGCGGCGCCACGAACGAUAACAGCCGGCUCAGCAACGACCACCAUUCAGGGUACGAGCUGUCGCCGUUUGACUCGUUAGAGUAUCUCAGGGACGAGGACGUGGAGGCCGGGCGGCUCGUGAGGAACGACCGAGACUGGCCUUCUCAAGGGGACAAUAGUAUCGGGUGCCAGACCCAGGUCAGUAGAAGCGACAGUAUAGGUCCCGAUGAGAUCCCGCUCGGUGCUAUCUCAGUCAAGACUGUCGUGGAUUUUCGUGAGACGACGGAUGGUCCUACCAUGAGAAACUGA